UGCCGCCUACAAUACUUUGGCAUCAGUCGAUAACAUUGCGAUUGCGUAGUACAUGCUAGCGGUACCGGCGAAUUAGUAGUACUCAGAUUUUCUGCGAUAUUACUGCACUGUGACUUGUGAAGGUGAUAAAAAAUCCUGUGAAAAUGUCCAUGUAUCCGUUUUUCAUUGAAUACGAGCGUCCGCGAACUCGUCGUUUGACGGACCAACAUUUCGGCUUGGGUCUGACACCUCAGGACUAUUUGACAAUUCUUGCGGUGCCUCAAGCUAACAGAGACUACUACCGACCCUGGCGGAACCUUCAAGCUUCAGACCGUGAUGAAGGAUCCACGAUUAAGGAGGAGAAGGACAAAUUCCAAGUGAACCUGGACGUCCAACACUUUUCUCCUGAAGAGAUAUCGGUGAAGACUGCUGAUGGCUUUUUAAUCGUGGAAGCUAAACAUGAGGAACGUGAAGAUGAGCACGGUUUUAUUUCAAGAAGCUUCACCAGGAAGUAUCCUCUGCCUGAAGGUAUUGAGGCCGAGUUGGUGACGUCAAAACUGUCUUCAGACGGUGUCCUCACCGUCACAGCGCCAUUGAAAGCACCUCCUAAGAACUCUGAUGAGAGAAUCGUUCCUAUCAUCCAAACGGGACCUGUCAAGAGGCAAGGUGAAGAAGAACAAACUUAAAUGUCUCUAUUUGUUAAACAUUUUCGGCAUUUAAUGUAUGGUUGUAUUUUGUUAAUUGCUUUUUGUAUGAAUGUAUGUUAAAUCUUUACUUUUAAGA